UCUGGCUUCGUCUCGCUUUACUUCGCAUCUCAGCCUCACCAAAAAUGAAGGUCAUGCUCAUUGCUUGUGAGCCCUGUCGCCAGCGAAAGCGAAAAUGUGACAGAGCCUAUCCAUCUUGUUCUCUGUGUCAGAAAACCGCCCGACCGUGCUGCUAUGCCAUUUAUCGUGUGACCGAGACUGCUCAGAAUCAGAAGCCGAGGGCCCUUGUUAACGACGGCCACCGCGAGAGGAGCCUCAAAAGCAUCAGUCCUGAUUCGUGGGAAGCCGUUUCAGAUCAACUUUAUCUCGCAUGGGCCGUACAGUCACCAGCUAUCCCAGAAUCAUAUCCUAUUGCGCCUCGCUGGUACAUGCCACGCCUGAUCAAGCACUUUCUCGAUUGCCACAAUGUCUCGCAGGUCCCGAUGAACGCCAACUGCAGCGCUUACAAACUGCAAACUGUCUGGCUGAGAAGCGCAAUGAGCGAUCCCUGUUUGUUCCAUGCGACCCUCUUCGUUGGCUCUUCGAACUUCGACCUCUGCCGAGGACAGAAGCAAAGCACGAUCACCCUAUACCAUUAUAACGAACUCAUCCAGAUGGUCAAGAAGCGUCUUUCAGACCCAAGCACCGCACUCGACGACCGUACAAUCGCGUCCAUUACUCCACUCGCACUAUUUGCUAACCUUCACGGGGAUCGAGUUUCCGCCGAUGUGCAUCGAGCUGGUCUGGAGAAGAUCGUCCUUCUCAAAGGUGGUCUAGACAAGCUGGGCUUGGAUGGACUAGUCGCAUCUCUCGUCUACGUGAAUGGAAUAAUCUCGAACAUCAUCUUUGACCUGGGCUGGGGGUCUUCAUCCUACCUUCAACAUUUGCCACCAUUGGGGCUCGAGGAACGAAUCCUUAGCACGCCUGUGUCAGACGACUCUACAUGCUCGAUCAUGUCUUUAUUCUAUUACGUUCAACAACUCAAGCUUCAAUUCAUGGCUCAAUCACCAACAGCGGCCUGGCAUCAUGACACCCUACAGGGCAGUACAAUGCCAUCUUCUACGACCAACAAUCCCAUCUACCAGUGCUGCUAUCUGGCCUUCAGAAUCUUCCAGAUGAUAGUUCUUGGUGGGCCAAGCGCUAGCAACCUUGCGGAAAAGUUGGACGCAAUGGCUCAGGAACUACGAGACGCGCUAGCCUUGACCGAGGAUGAGAUAUGGCUACGAAGCUUCCCCUCUUCGCUCACUUGGGCAUGCAUUACUGGAGCGGCCGCUUCCAGCGACCCUCAAGCGCGGGCGUGGUUCUACUUCAGGACUGCAGCUGCCGUAGGGCUGCUUGAUGUCGUUGGGGACUUGUCAUUCCUCGAAGACCUGUCUUUACACUUCACCUGGCUUCGCUCUUUACGAUGGGAAGCCAUUCAGCUUAAUGCGAAAGCGUUAUAAUUAGGUCUGCUCUACUCUAGUUCUUUCUUCAUCUGACCGGCACCCCACCAGACCACCCAAUCCUUCUGCCCAACGGCACUGGUAUUUUCGCAGCACGCUGUGAGCCGCCUUAGGCCCUGCCGACCCGUCCAUAUCUGUGGCCCCACCUUGAGAAGCAGGUCAAGUGGACGGUUGGAUGCGGUGAAAUCUGGGGCUGAGGUUUAGCGAGGUGUCUCUCCUCGCUUGGAGGGCUGAAGGAACGGUCUAGUCCCGAGAAAGAAACGCACCUGCGUUUCCUCUGCCGCUUUAUCGAGCUCGAGGUCUCAAGGCGCCCGAGGGGCCCCAAGGUCUUCAACCGUUCGUCAGAACUGGAAUAGUCUCUGCGGGGUCCAGGAGAUAGUCCCCGGCCCAACCCUAAACCGGCUAAAUAGCAGAGGUAAAGAAUGCACGCCCCAUGCAGCCGCUGCUUCUGACAGGCUGAUAUGCUCGCGAUGUGUGGCAGUGCUGGU